CGGGGGCCACCCGCGUCCUGAUCGCCGGGGCGGCCGGCCUGGGCCCAGGGGACGAGAUCCGCAUCACCGGGCCGAGCGGCUUCCCGCAGGACGAGGUGGUCGUCGGCGCGGUCCAGCCGGGGGUCGCCUCUCUCGUGGUGGCGGCCUCGGGCGCGAUCUGGGCGGGCGGCGAGGGCCUGCGGGCGGUGGAGCUCGCGUCGCCGCUGCGGGGCUCGUUCCCGGCUGGCUCCAGCGUCACCAGGCUCGCGAGGACGGCGGCCACGAUGCGUCGCGAGGCCCGCCCUGUCGCCGCGCUGGACGUCGGCCCCACGGCGCCGCCGAAGGGGGCGCCGACCAUCAUGCGUUGGACCUGGCCCGCGCCGGGGCCAGCGCCUGCGUCCGCCCCGGCGGCGGGCUGGGUGUGGUACACGCCCGAGGAGGAGCACCACCCGCACAAGGAGCCGCUGCGGUUCGAGGACUCGGCAUUCCUGUACUACCAGUUCGAGCCCCUCGAGGUGCGCGACGGUGGACACGUGAUAGAGAUCGCCGAGCUCGAGAUAUUGAACAAUGGCCACAAGGUCGACCUCUCAGGGGCGACCGCGAACACACCUGGUAGCCUCCUGCACGACGGCGGCUUCUCGAUGUCGCUGCUCAUCGACGGCAACGCCAGCUCGGUCUGGGUGGACGACUGGCUGGAGCCCAUCACGGUCCAGCUCUCCCAGCCCGCCAGCGCGGACGCCUUCGGUUUUGUCACGGGGGGCGCCCCCGAUCUCGAAGAGCAAACGACGGCCUGAACAGACACUUUCGGAGAUCCGCG